AUGAUGAGGCCAUUUCAACGCGCAUCAGAUGCGAGAACAACGAGUGCUAUUCGGGAAUACUUUUGUUAUACGAGUGAUCCUGGAGUCGAGAAGGAAAGAUCCACAAGAGCGGGAAUAAUUGUAGUCAUCUUGAGGAUCAAAAAAUCUUCCUCAACUUUAUAUUUUAUUUUUGUUGAUUUAAUCGGAAAUGUUGCUGAGUAG